UUUUUGUGCCUAAUCUUAAUUUUCAAGUGAAAUACUGUCGACAUACACACAUGUUUUGGCUGGUUUUUUGCCCACCUUUGCAAUCAACAGGAGGAGCACCUCCGCCAGCCAUGUCAACAACUCGUUUAGCCAGGUGACAGAUGCCAAGAAAAAGAAUGUGCAUGAAAAUAAAAAGUAUACGGGGAAAGCAAUUUCACGCGCCUUUGGCUUUUCAUUUGAAACGAAACAUAAUGGAAUUUAGUCGGUUGCGAGGGGCGGCAAAUGAAGUCAAACUAACUGAAACAAACGAAAUGCAAGGAAACUAGCAGGCAAACAAGUGUUUGCAUUCCGUCGCCAAGAAGCGACGACAGACUCCAAAUCAAAACAGGCGGCGGAGUUUGAUCGAUAAAAGUCAAACGGAACGCCCAAAACUUGGGGCUAAUCAGAAACGGUGUGAAUAGUAAGUCGGUAGUUAGUUAGCUGUGGAGUCCUCAACAGAACGGUCGAUCGAUUGCGAUGGAGGAGCUGCAGGAUGCCAGCAUCCAUCACAUGACCGCCAAGGUAAUCGCGGCCAUCAAGAACACAAAGAGCUAUGAGCCCAUCUACAAGGAGCUGCAGAAGUUGGUCUGCAAUCCCAGCGUGGACACCCACGACAUGCGCAACACCCUGGAGGAUGCCAUCAAGAGCGCCGGCUUGGAGACGGAGAUCCGGAACAUUGUCUACAAUCUGGUGCGGAGUCGCUUGGCCAAACCCGAUGACAAGUCCCUGGCGAAUAAGCAGGGAGCGAAACCCACCGUUAGUGAUCCUCUUGGCUAUUUAAAAAGGGCCGGAGUUCUUUGGGAUCGAAGGGUUAGAAAGAGCUUGAAUGCCAUGUGUACAGAGCUGAAGGUUCCACUGCAUGGACAACCGAGGAUCAGUGCCGAUCGAGAGGACUUUAUGGCCAAGUGGAACGAACUGAGCAACUAUAAUAUGGAUCUGGCCAACUAUAGACCGGUUUACGCACCCAAAGAUCUACUGGAGGUGCUACUCUCGCUGAAAGGACCCGCCAAAACCACCGAGAAUACAGAUCAAAUACCACAGUGGGAGUUCUCGCACAUUGCCUUGCCCGUGAAGAACUUGUUUGAGCUACGUGCCCAUUAUGCGGAUCUCCUACGAAGUGAUGGCUACUUGGGAGUGCCCGAUCUCACGGUCCAAUGUCAGCGGAUUCUGGAGGGGAGGCAUGCACCCAUGUGUCAGCAGUUCCUGAAGAAGGGUUGCACCCCGGCACCCUAUAGAGGAGCUCUUUGGGCCUCUGUACUAGACAGCAAGUUGCACGACUAUGACAUUGAUUACUGGCAGAAGCUGCGCAAUGCUGUCUGGACCACCGAUCAUAUCGUAGACAAACUGGUCUUCAAGGAUAUCCAGUUAACUGCCUCCAAUGACGACCAGUACUUUGUGUUCGAGGACGUACUGUACCAGGUGCUGCUCUGCUUCUCCCGAGACACGGACAUCGGUGGCUGUGUGGAGUACGAGACCUUUCCGGUGAAGGGCAAGACGUACGAGGGUCCGCCCUCGGGCGUGGUGCCCUUCCAUGGCAUCUGCAUGUUCGCCGCCCCCUUCUGCUAUCUCUACGACUCGCCGGUGAAUCUGUACUACACAUUUAGGGCCUUCUACAUCCGCUACUGCCAUCGCUUGACCACGAUCAAUACUCAUCCGCAGGGUAUCGUGAGUUUGUGCCUGCUGUUCGAGAAGCUCUUGCAGACCUACGAACCGCAGUUGUGGUCUCAUUUCCGGGAGCUGCAGAUUCAGCCUCUAAGGGUCGUCUUCAAGUGGCUGAUGCGCGCUUUUUCCGGACAUUUACCACCCGACCAACUGCUGGUUCUCUGGGAUCUGAUCCUUGGCUUCGAUAGCCUGGAGAUCCUGCCGCUAUUCGCCAUCAUUAUCCUGAGUUUCAGAAAAGAGAGCAUCAUGCAGGUGGCCUCCUUAGACAGCAUCGAAGCCAUUCUGGCGGAUCUGUCCUCUAUAAAGGUGCUGCCCCUAGUUCAAUUAGCCCUCAGUCGGGACUAA